GGGCCGGCGGCGCUGACGUCACACGCCGUACGUAAAGGGCGUGCUCUGCCUCGCCGCCAAAUUCAAACAGGAGAAAGACUCGGGCGAGAGAGGAGCUGACCGUGAUCGUUCUCACCACUGGAGGUAACUGCAGGUCAACAUGGCGUCUUCGGUGAUGGACGGCGUUGGGAAAGCCGUGGUGGGAGUGUGGCGAGCCCACACGGUCCUGGACGAGUCUGACGACGCAGAGUGCUCCCCUCAGGCCCCAGAUCGCUUCCGCAAGAUGCGCUCCUCGUCCUCCCUCAACUCCAUGCGAAUGUCCCUGAGGAAGCGGCUGCCGCUGCGCACCGUCCAGGCCAGCUCGCUGCCCGAGAACCCUACCUGCGAAGCACAGGAGAAGCAAGCUAGAGGGAGCGCCGUCCGGAAACUGAGCCGCAGCGCCCGCAACUCCAUCACUGGAGUUUACCAGAAGCUGCAGAGGACCAGAGAGGUGUCCCGCGAGGACUGUCUGGUGCAGACUCCCGGUCGGGCCUGCAGUGAGGGGGAGAAGGGACCGUCGGCGUCUCACACUCCGAGACGAACACCAGCCCGCGGAGCGACCCCAAGACGCACCCCCAGAGCUGCGGUCACACCACGGCGCACUCCGGUCACCAAGACCCCCGAGUCGGCCGUUCGAGGGGUCAGAACCGGAGGAGGGCGCCGGCAGCUGGUCCGCAUGGCAGCGCUACGCAGCCCGUUUGCGUCGCCCAACACCCAGAACCAGAGACUGAAGUUCGACCAGGACCUGGAGACGGUUUCCAGCGGGCUCCGGAGGCUCAAGCAUCUGUCCAAGACAUUUGAGGACUUCAUCCGCAGGGAUGACAGCAGCGCCCGAGGGGGAGCCGUGAUGAGGAAACUGGACCCCAGCGGUAAACUCAGCUGUUCAAACCUCGGCCGUCGAGCUUCCAACCUGUCGCACACUAUUGGAGACUGGGCCAACACAGCUGUGAACACGCUCCGCAAGCCCAAAUAAAUAUGUGGGGGGGAUGGACCUUUCUAAAAUAGCCUUAAUGUCCACCACGACAAAUUGUUACUGCUAGUACAUCAUACUGGGAGAGUGUUACUUGGAUCUUGAAGCUGUUUUGUGGUGGUGAACCUGUGUUUUGCUUUGUUUACACGUCUCAGGUUAGCUAGUGGUGAAUAGCAGUAGUGCACUGUAGCUGCCCGAGGACUUUUUUUUUAGCGUGCUGUUACUUUCUAUAGCUGCUACAGCUUAAUGUAUGAGAUACAUUCACUCAUAUGACUAAUGCUCACUUUUUGUUGGCUCCUCAAGUCCACUUUAAAGAUGCACACGACCAAAAUGUUGAGCGCUAACACACUAACAUUUCUGACAGGGGAGAUGUCUCCUGGACAAGUAUGCAAUGUUUCUUGUAUCACAUUAUGUAUCAAUGCUACCAAACUAUAUUUUGUUUCUAUAAAAAUGAGAGUAGACCAAAACUGUUACUGUUGCACCCCAUGAUGUUGUCCGUCUGCCAUUUCAUGUACUGUGAUCAGGGGGCAAUAA